CUCCCUCGCCUCAGACACUCAAGUGAAGUAAUUUAAUCUUUACAUAAUGGAUGGAAGUGUGAUGGAUGCUGUGAUAAAUAAUGGUAUGGAGCUCCCUUCCCUAUCCAGUGAAAGGUCUGUGGCCAGUGGAGAACGGACUGUGGUUUUAGUUGGGCGUACUGGCAAUGGAAAGAGUUCCACCGGGAAUAGCAUUCUUGGAAAAAAGGCUUUUAAGUCCAAGGCUAGUUCAUCUGGUGUUACUAAAACUACUGAAUUGCAGAAAACUGAACUCAAAGAUGGCCCGAUCAUUAAUGUUAUUGAUACUCCUGGACUCUUUGAUUUGUCUGCUGACUCUGAAUUUGCUGUGAAAGAAAUUGUCAAAUGUAUUAAAUUGGCCAAGGAUGGUAUCCAUGCAAUCCUUUUAGUUUUGUCAGUGGGAAACCGUUUUACACAAGAAGAAAAAGAUGCAGUACUUACCUUGCAGUCUUUGUUUGGAAGAAAAAUUGUAAACUACAUGAUUGUAGUCUUCACCGGUGGGGACGAACUUGAAGAAAAUGAGGAAACAUUGGAAGAGUAUUUGGGUCGCGAAUGUCCAGAUUCUUUAAAGACUAAGGAUGAAACCAAAAGAGCUAAACAAGUUGGAGAGCUUCUAUCCCUUGUUAACAGGGUCAUAGUGCAGAAUGGUGGACAACCAUACACAGAUGAAAUAUUUGCUGAAGUGAAGAAGGUGGAAAUAGAAAGAUCAUAUGAAGAUCAACUCAAACGAACUAGUGAGAUGCUUGAGUUGAAGCUCACAGCGAUAACUAGAAAGCUUGAAAAGGAAUUGUUGGAGGAACGAGUUGCCCGAUUAAAUUCAGAAUUGAACGCAAAAGACGCUGGAAUGAAAUCAAACGACGAAAUUCGUAAACUUAAAAAGGAUCUUAAGAAAGCGAAUAAGGAGAUUGAGAGGCUCCGUAAUAAAGAUGACGGAGGGUGUGCUAUUCUUUGAACAAUCUCAAUCAUUUGUGAGCACAGUAUGUGCAGUCGCGUGAAGAACACCUAAGAUUGUUUUAUCUUUUCGCUGUUUUUCUUACCCUGAUGUCAAUAUGUUCAUACUGCAAAUAUAAUAUAUUCAUAUAUAAAUCUUAUCUUUUACUC